CCUUGACUUUAUUUGCAUUUGCUUUUUUUAAACGAUUCAUCCUUUCGGUCCCAUCAGCUCUCUUCCUCCCUUUUCUUUUUCUCUUUCUCCUCUCUUCUUUCAUUUCUGUCAUUUGUCACAUUUCUUUGUCAAUUACCAAAUUUCAAUUCUAUUUCAUUCAAGAUGUCUUCACAAGUCUAUGCACCAACACCCUUGCGGCAACGACAGGCCUCAUCCGCGGGCGACGAUGUGUCCAGGAAGACUACAAGGCAAUACAAGACAAAGGCACCUGAAGAGCUCAUAAAAGAGCACCCUGCUAUCAAGCCAAUGGUGCCGCUAACCUCUUCAACCGAGACGACCAAAGUCACUUCUGCUUAUUCUUCUACCUCCAAAGCAUUGACCAUUGUAAAACCAUCCUUGGCGAGCCGACUGGUGAGUCUAUUGAUGAAACCAGUCUACUUUUUACCCUUUGCAGUCUUUCACGUUGGCUUGGAGCUUCUGCUCAGUGCCAAGACCAUGAAGACAUAUUUUCAAGUGUUUUUCAUGCCUUUUCAAUUCCCUGCGGCUCCUGAGGUGGCCCGAGUGCUGAGGAAGGAUUUGGGCACGGACUUGGCUAAAAAGCCAAAACAUUUAGCCGUGAUCUUGCCCCAAGACUCGACCACGACCUCUGAAGAACAAGAGGAAGAAUGGCAUGCCGAGGUUGCGCAAUUGGUUCAAUGGUCUCUGGCUUGCGAUAUCGAGUGCCUAUCAAUCAUGAGGACUGAUCCGCUACCAAAGCAAUGGCUGAACCUGUUGCAAGAGCGUAUUGAUGAUUCAUUGGAAGACUUUUUUAGAGAAGAAAAGACUAUUCCUGUAGCUCGUGUCAGAACCUUGAACCGUGUCGAAGAUAACCUCAAAAUCGCAAUAGAAUAUAGGGACGCUGCCAAAGUAGAAACACAAGAAGAAAGACAAAUAAGGCUUCAUGGACGCACUGUCGAUUUGGAUGUGGUGAUUCUUGCAGAGAACGAUGGACAUGAUCGACUUGCUUCUAGUGUGAGAGUUUUGGGCGAGGCAGCUCUUCAGAAAGAAAUCCAGAGCAAGGACAUCACAGCGGAAUUUAUGGACCAGCAACUAUCUGCUGAUCUUUCCGAACCAGAUCUGUUGAUCAUCUACAAGGAUGAGUUAGAUCUGAGCAGCUACCCCCCUGGCAUAUUCGUCUCACAGAAAUAUUCCAUCACCCGGAUCAGGCCGUUAUCCCACACUAUACCCUGUUCUUGCAGGCGUUGCAUCGUUUUGCCAAGUGCGAGCAACGUUAUGGAAAGUAAACAGAAUGGGGAUUGUUUGACUAGCCUACGGAAGGAGAGGGGGUUAAGAUUUGCUGCAAGCGAGCAUAUCUUUACUAGUAUAUAUACAAUACUUUAUAGACGUUUUCUUUUUGACAAUAUUUACAUCUAUUAUAUUUAUUAUUACUGUUAUCAUUUCUAAUAUUAUAUC